UUUGCAUUGUGAUUAACAAGUAUGGUAGAUCUGUUCGUAAUAUUAUUAUCAGUUUUCGCAUAGAAAAAAGCCCUAGAUAAGGGUCAAAGCGAUUCAAAAUGCACGCGGAAUCUGGUUAAUUAUAGUGCUUCUUCACGUCAAAGUGUUAGGCUCCGUAAAGUUAAUUGAAGUUUGCUAACUGGUGAUUUUUGGAUACCUGGAAAAGGGAUGACUUCCUUGUCAUCGACACCGCUGGCGUUGACCGCCGCCAGUAUGAUUGGAAAUGCGACUACGAAUAUCGCAAGCGACGCAGUGUCACCGGUCAAGACCGCCACCGAUUCCGAUCCGAUCUUCUUGCAGACGACGCUGGCCAAGGCGAUCGCGGGGACCUUCGUGUGGGCCGCGCUCUUCCUUACGUGCCAGCAGAUCUAUCAUCACCUGCGAUGGUACACGAACCCCGCGGAGCAACGCUGGAUCGUUCGAAUUCUGUUCAUCGUCCCCAUAUACGCCACCUACUCCUGGGUCAGCCUGUUGUUUUUCAAUUCGGAAAGCUACUACGUCUAUUUUUUUACGGUCCGCGAUUGCUACGAAGCGUUUGUAAUUUAUAACUUCCUGUCGCUCUGCUACGAGUACUUGGGAGGCGAGGGGAACAUCAUGUCGGAGAUUCGCGGCAAGCCGAUCAGGUCGAGUUGCAUGUACGGCACGUGCUGUCUGAACGGGAAGACCUACACUAUUGGAUUUUUGCGGUUUUGCAAGCAGGCCACCCUCCAGUUUUGCUUUGUGAAGCCGCUUAUGGCUUUUAUUACCAUCUUUUUGCAAGCUUUCGAUCACUAUCGUGAUGGCGAUUGGAGCCCAGACCGCGGAUACCUGUACAUAACGAUCAUUUACAACAUCUCCAUAUCUCUUGCCUUAUACGGUUUAUUCCUAUUUUACUUUGCAACUCGCGAUUUGCUGACCCCAUUCGAGCCGGUCCUUAAAUUCUGCACCGUCAAGUCUGUGAUUUUCCUGUCAUUUUGGCAAGGUGUCGCUUUGGCCAUCCUGGAGAAGGCCGACAUAAUAUCGCCGAUUAUCGACAGUAACGGUACGAGGACGUCGACCGGAACGGUAUCGGCCGGCUACCAGAACUUCUUAAUCUGCAUCGAGAUGUUUUGCGCGGCGAUCGCGUUGCGCUACGCGUUUCCGCAUCGCGUCUACGCGCAGGGCUGCGUGACGGACUCGCGCGGCCGUUCUGUCACCAUGCAGAGCAUUUCGAGCAGCCUGAAGGAGACCAUGAAUCCUAAAGAUAUCAUGACGGAUGCGAUUCACAAUUUCCAUCCGCAGUACCAACAGUAUACGCAGUACAGCUCAGGUGGGAAGAACGGACGAGGUAUGAGGAUCUCUUCGUAUGAUCCCGACGAUCCGAUGAGUCCCAGCGGUGGCACGGUUACUCAAUCGUAUAAUAGUGUAGAAAACGCAUCUAGAUCUCAAAGUGUAGGGAGAGUAUCGACUAUUUCUCAAAAUUAUACCGAGAAGACUAUGUUACUUAGUUCCGAUGAUGAAAAUUAACAAUAAACGUAAAUUAGCAUCAAUAUUAACUCGAUUAUUUAUAUUGUACAAUUUGUUUCUUCUGUUUUAGAAAUUACUAUAUUUUUUUAUAGUUCAAAGUAAAGGUGGAUUUUUUUAUUUCAUUCCAAUAUACGGGCAAUGAUUAUUAUCCAAUUGAUUGUUUUUGCUAUCUUUGUUUUGGCAAUUUGCAAUGGUACAGUGUGAGUGAAACUACACUUACGAUUGCAAAAAUCUGACCACUUUCCCGUGGGUUUAAUUAUGAGAAAUUUAUUUUUCCUAUAUUAAAAAUUGUGUUCUUAAAGAGAAAAAGGUAUAUAUUUUACUUAAGUUGGAUUAAAUUACUACCUAUACUUAACGGAAAUCCUCUUGGAUGUACAACCCAAACGAAAAUUAUAAAUAUAGAUACUAUUUUUAUGAUAAUCAAAAUUACAACAAUAUUCAGUGAUUCUAUCGUGCAAUGUUUAGUGUAGCUAUAUAAUCUAAUUGAUGUUGAUUUAUCACAAUAAUCUUUAUGUAUAUCAUUUACAUUUACACUAAUCUAGUAUGUCUACUUAUUUUUGGUUCUUGUCGGAAAUCUCAGU